GUGACGAAAGCCAGCUGGAACUGAAACUUUGCAGAGAAACGCAACUUUGCAAGAUAGGAUAGGAUAGGAAGAAUUGUUUUCUUUUCGGCAAAUGUCAUUCAAUUAAAUUAUGGCUAAUUCAGAAACUAGAAAUGAAAAUGCACUGGAAUUACUCCUGGCUAAAGCUACCAAUCCCCUCCAUGAUGAGCCUGAUCCAGAUAUUGUAAAUGAUUUUUGUACUGCAAUAGACAACGAACAGAAUGGUCCUCAAACUGCUCUUAGAUUAUUGGCCCAUAAAAUUCAGUCACCCAUUGAAAAAGAAUCUCUCAUGGCCUUAUCGGUACUGCAGGAAAGUGUACGUAAAUGUGGAACCCACUAUAGAGCUGAAAUCGGGAAAUUCAGAUUUCUGAAUGAAAUGAUUAAAGUUGUUUCUCCGAAAUAUUUAGGUAAUCGUGCAUCAUCUAAAGUGAAAAGAAAAAUAGUGGAAAUAAUGUACCUCUGGAGCUUAGAGUUAAAGAAUGAAUCAAAGAUAUCAGAAGCGUAUCAGAUGCUCAAGAAACAAGGUGUUGUCAUUGAAGAUCCUGUAUAUUUGUUAGAUAAUUACACUCCAUCUGUCAUUCCUCCACCUCCUCGUUCAGCAAAUUCCAUUUUUGAGGACGAAGAGAAAGCUCAGCAAUUACAAAGAUUGCUACGAAGUAAAAAUGCUGAAGAUCUUCAAGCUGCUAAUAGACUUAUUAAGAGCAUGGUGAAAGAGGCUGAUCAUCGAAUGGAAGUUAUGGCGAAAAGAUCAACUGAAUUGGAGACUGUACACAACAAUGCUUCAGUUUUAUCAGAUAUGUUAGAUCAUUACAGACCAGGUGAAACGUCUGAUGAAGAAAAAGAUUUAAUGAAAGAAUUAUUUGAGAGCUGUGAAAGAUUGCGACCUAAGCUCUUUCGACUGGCAGGAGAGUUAGACGAGAAGGAUGAAGGUCUCGGUGAUAUAUUGAAAGCUAAUGAUGAGCUAACAGUUGUGAUAAAUAAUUAUAAAAAAUUAAUGUGCCUAUCCACAGAAAAUGGAAAGCCUGAUAAAAAAGAAGCUUCCUUGUUGGACCUUGGUACGCAGUCUCAGUGUUCAUCUGCCGUACCCCCUGCUAAUUCGUUAUUAGACGAUCAACUUUUAGCUUUAGGUUUGAUGGACGAUGAUAAAGUAGAUGUUCUAACUUCCAACAAUUCUUUAUCUGGUUCCUCAAAUACAAGCUCAUCUGUAGCAUACAAAUCAUCGUUGGCGGAUUUAGAUACGAUAUUUUCCAGUAGCCUCGAAGCAGGGGAACCAAAUGUCUCUCUUCAGCCUGUGAUUAGAAAUACAAAUAAUUCCAUCACCUCAUCAGUCUCACCUAUAACUGUGCCAUCCUCACAAGAUUCAAUACCAGGAUCUAAAGGUUUAGAAGAAUUAGAGGAGAUCUCAAAAUCUCUUCUCAAGAAGAGCAUGCCUUCUUCUGUGAAAUAUGAUUUCCCUAGCAGUACUCCACAAAAAGUUCCAUUGAGCCAGCUAAUGCAACAGCAGAAAGCUCAGCCUAAAAAUGACAUUCCAAUUUCCACUUUAGACAAAAGUAACUUCUUAUCGAGUUCACCUUUAACAGCUGACAAAGUAUCCCCAUCUUGCAGUCCAUCUCAUAUUCUCUCUCUGAAAGAUAUCUUUGUUCCCCUGGAAACUAUUCAGCCAGGUUUUUGUAUUAAAAAAUCUAUGCUUUUUAAUUAUCUUUUUUUUAAUUUGUUUUUUAGCAGUACUCCCCAAAAAGUUCCAUUGAGCCAGCUAAUGCAACAGCAGAAAGCUCAGCCUAAAAAUGACAUUCCAAUUUCCACUUUAGACAAAAGUAACUUCUUAUCGAGUUCACCUUUAACAGCUGACAAAGUAUCCCCAUCUUGCAGUCCAUCUCAUAUUCUCUCUCUGAAAGAUAUCUUUGUUCCCCUGGAAACUAUUCAGCCAGGUUUUUCUAUGAAAAUUAAAUUGCAGCCUCCAUCUGCCACAGACUUGCCUCCAUACAAUCCAAUUCUGCCACCUGCUACAAUAACCCAAGUGAUGUUGCUUGCAAAUCCUCAAAAUGAAACAGUUCGUCUCAAAUACAAAGUGAACUAUUUACUAAAUGAGAAGGAAUUGACAGAUUCAGGAGAAGUAGAUAAUUUAUUUGCUCCACGGUGACAAAUAAACUACAAGUGAUAUUUAUAAACAAAUGUAGUAGUGAAUUAUUUAAAAUUGGAAGAUGGCAAUUUUCCUGUUCUAAGCUCUUUCUUACCUUUCAGAAAUUUAUUUAUUUAUCGAUAAAUGCCCCUAAUUUCCAUAAAUUGUAUUAUCUUUUUUAAAUAUUUUUUUAAAACUGUCUAUUUAAAAUGCAUUUCUUUAAUGUUUUUUAGUGAACUUUAAAUGUAUGUUAAAUAUUUUGAAUUUUUAUUUCGUGCAUGUAAUUGGUUAUAUUUUUUUAGUGAUUUAGAAAUUUAUCUCAAGAUAAUUUAUAUUGCUAUAAGAUAAAUUAUAUUUCCUAUAAGAUAAAUUAUAUUGCAAGGGCUAUGGCAUUAAAGAUGUGUAUAAUGAUUGUAAAAAGCUGUAUCUUUUAAGAAUAUAUUUGCAUUUAUUAGUCAACGUGAAUUUCUACAAAUCUUUUGAUUGAAAGAUGUUAAAAAUUUUUUAAAUGUAUUAUACAUAUCUAAUAAUUUUAUUGACUCUAUUAAGCACCCAAAAAAAUUUGUAUUUAUGUUUAAGAAUAUUCCAUUCCCUUAUUCCAUAUUUUAGAAUAAACAAGUAAUUAAUCAAGCUUAUAAUGCUAUGUUUACUUUAUUGUUUUUGAAAUUGUGCUAAUAAUGUGCAUGGAAAAUUACCGUAAUUUUGCAAAGAUACGCUGACCUGGAAUAUGCGCUUCACCUGUAAAAUAUGACUAAAAAGAAAAAGUUUUUAAUCAGAAACACCGCACAAAAAUUUUAUUUAUGAUAGAUUGCAGAGUUAAGGCAUCUGUUUCAAAUAGCAAGUUAUAAUUAUUAAAUAUAUGAUAAAUUUAUAUAUGCCAUCCUACUUGAAAUCAGAAAUUAUGUAUUUCGAUAAUUAUCAGCAUAACUUUUCAAAUUGUAACAUGUACAAUUGUGCACAAUUUAAAUGCCACACAAUCGCAAACGUGUUACAUUAAUAAAUACCCAUUUAAAAGACUCAAAUUUUAUGUAAAUCAAGUGAUUGAAAACCUGAACAUACUAAAGAUCAGUUAUCAAAAUACAAUAAAUUUAUGAAAAGAAUCUUAUUAGGCUUAAAAUUGUACCAUGUAGAGCAAUCGCAUGUCAUCACUUUAUCGUAAUUUGAUUUGAAAUACCGAAAUAUUAUUAAAUAGAUAAAAAUCCUUACAAUAAUUCAGAAAAAUAUUAAUAGUAAUUAAAUAAAAUUAAUCUUUUUUUGCGCAAAAUUGUACUACUCAAAACAAUCAUAAUUAUUUUUACUGAUUUUAAAUUUCUAAAAUUUUAACCUUUCAAAUGAUAAUUAGCUAAAAACCUUUAAAAUAAUUUUUAAAAAAUAUGUAUUAAAAUCGUUAUGUGUAUUGUUUUGCGCAAAAUUAAAGCCUAAAAUGAUUAUGAUGAAAGCAUUAUUUAUUUAUAAUAUCUCAGUUAUAAAUAAAUUAAAUGAUUAAAUAGCUAGAAAUUGUUAAAAUAAACAUUAAAUAUAGAAUAAAUACAGCAGUUAAAGCAUUCCACUUUUGUCCACAUGCUCAUCAUAUUGCAUCAUUUUACUCAUAGAUCUCUAAAUUUCGUAUGUUGUAUUUCCGAGUCUCGGAAAGGUAUGAUAAAAAUACGAGUAAAAAUAAUGAUGUUGACCUUCAGCUGAAAGUGGGAGUAAACUUGACCAUCAAGAUGAUCAUUUAAAGAAUAGCUUCCAUAUUUUUCUUUCACUUUUUUCUUUACACCUGCAGCAGAAGAAAGAAGGGGGGGGGAUUGUGCUUCCAUCGAUCCUCCUAAGAGACUAUUCGCGGGGUGAUUGCGGGAAGAGAAUUAAUUAGUCAAUGACUUCUUUAGCUGUAAGGGGGAGCAUCUGUUGCGCUAUUGUUACAUUCUUGCAAUUUGUUUUUACCUGCAUUGUUAAUUCUUUAAAUUAUAAUUGAUCAUAAAUUAUAAAAAUAGAUUGAGAAGAAUAGAUUAAUAUUUCGGAAAAUCAAUUCAACAAAAUAGAAUUUUCAAACUCUAGUAGGAAAAAAAAACACCCGACAGGCUGCCCUAUUAGAUACGCCGCACAUACUGAAAUGUAAUGUUUUAAAUCUUAACGCCACAGCGUAUCUCCUUGAAAUUACGGUAAUAUAUAUGUUUAAAAAAGCAACAUAUAUUUCUUUUUGCUGUCUUUAAACUAGGUAGUCUGUAAUGAAAAAUAAAGUUUUGCAAGGUUUUCGUUGUUUUUAAAACUGGUUUUCAUUAAAAGUCAAACAGUAAAAUUUUCAAGCAUGAUUUGACACUAGCCAUUAUGCUAGUUAAUUACUUAUUUUAAUUUUUUUCUACAUCUGGAAACAUGAUAAACCUCUUUUUUUUAAUUUGAUUUAAGAAAAAAAAAUCUUAGAAAUUUCAUUUGAUAAUCUUCUAAGGGCGAUUUUCAUUAUACGAAAUGACACUGACAAAACAGUCUCAACUGUUGUCUAAUGGUAUUGGGUUUUGUCAUAGCAUGUACACUUUUACAACAAUACAAAGUAUUUAUAAUGUCUACAAUAUAUUAGUAGGAAGGACAUAUUAGAUGAAAAAUCACUUAUCUUUCUUUGCAUUUUUUUGACACUUUGUCUGAUAUUUUUUUCUUAGGAAAGUGGUACAUGUUUGUUUAUUCAUUUGCAAGUUAUUUUAUAUGUAUGAGUAACAGCAAACAAUUGCAAAAAACAGGGUGCAUAGCGUUUUUAAAAAGUGCUUAAAGGUGCUUAUUUUUGAUUUGCAUUUUUUGAAAACCCUUAAAGGUGCCUGAUUUAUUCGGAGUUUGUUAAAAGUGAUUAAUUUUCUAUCUUUUAAAAAUAGAGUUUUCUUUGCCGUGUUUAUUGUCGUUCUAAAUUUUUCACAGUUUUCUCUGCAAUAUUUAUCAGAAACUAGUUAUUUUAUCAUGAUUAUGUGAAGUUUAUGCAAAUGUUUUUGAAUUUUAUUGGUUUUAUGUUCGAAAAUUAAGAACUUGAAACGAUAGAAAGAGAUAAUUUUUAUUACUGCACGGAUCCUAAUUAUGAUUUUUUUUUUUGGAAUGUGAUUAAAAAUAUUUUACUGCUUAAAAGGUGCUUAUUUUUAAUUGAAAAAUCUGGCUACGCGCCCUGAAGAAAUCUCAAUAAUCCAUUGAUUCGGUUAAAAUUGUUUUGUCUCUGAGUUUGAGGAGUGUCAUACCAUAUAAUGAAAAAACACCCUGAAGUAAUCAUUUACUAGUCAUGUUAGCUACACAGGCUCUCAAAAAUUAAGGUACUUAGCCAUAUUAUUGAGAACAGCAUUCUUCCUUACUGUAGAAUAACCUGAAAAUGUUUUAUGUCAAAAUUGUUAUAAUAUUUGAACUGGUUAAAUAACUUUUUUUUAAUUGCUUCAUAAUUUGUGCAAACCUUAUCAUUGUUGAAAUAUUUAGUAACUUGCUAUAAUUAUUUUUAUGCUAUAACGAAUUAAAAGUUAAUAUUUUUUAUGCGUGUAAAAUUUAUUAGGUGUGUCAUAUAUGUGAAAGAUAAACUAUGGUUGGAUUUGAUUU